AUGUCCAAUUGGGGCAUGCGUUUAAAUCCAUUUAGCAAGAGCUAUUCGCAGCUUGAAAUGGAUCAAAUGCGUUUUAUUCAUCAAGCCUAUUGUGAAGCAAUGGAAGUGAGCGAAGAAGAUUUACCCACUGCAUUAAAAAUGGAUGAUAAUUUCUAUCCAUUACAUCAUCCCACAAUCUCGGAUUUUGAUGAGAAUUCAUAUUUACGAAAGAUGCAGGAUGUUGUGGGUUUAUUACGUAAUCCUGCUGAAGCGAUUAUAUCGAGUAUUUGUGCAUAUCAGAGAGAACGAUAUGAUCGAGCAUUUACAUUUUCGGGCUAUUUAAAUGAUCCACGUACACUUUUACUUGAAGAAUUUAAAGAUUGGGCCAUGCGGACACUUGCACCCGCAACGUGUACAACGGAAUCAAUUUUGAUUGAAGUACGAAGACGACAUAGUUAUGUCUUGAGAUUACAACAUGGACAACAAGGUUUAUUUCAUUCGGGAUCAGGCGAACGCUCAUUACUUGGUACAUUAAAAGAUGUGAGAAAUGUGAUUGAAACACGAGUUCUUCCAACGAUUGAAACAGAACGUGCUCACUCAUCAGCACGUGAGCAACUACAUACAUUGGAAGCACGUGGUACAGAUGGAUUAAUGCAUGGAAUUCAAUUUCUCUUCUACGUACUACGCAAUACGCCAAAUACACCGGCAGAUUGUACGAUCAGUAAUUUACAGGUACAACAACAUGCAGGCAUGAAGGAUGCAAUGAGCAGCAAGUCAGGACAGAUGCUCGAAGUGCUGCUUACGACUCCGUCCUUCAAGGAGUUGUUUCCUCAGAAUCAGGCCGCAAUGUCCCCUCAGGAUUCACUACCGUCUUUACAUUUGACAAACGAGGAGGAGGAAGAAAUGACGCAUACUGCAGUUUUCUGCGAUACGGAAGCAAAUCCACAGGUUCCUACCGUAUUGACGCGGCAGCUGCGACGUAACUCGAACUCGAGCGACGUGGUGAUUACUCCGUCAGAGUUUUUGCAGCAGAGCAACUCAGGCGUUGUGUCGCUUCGGAAAGAGGUACAAAAGGAGACUUUCGACGCGUAUACCAAGCUGCAUGGCUUGCUGAAGCUGCUUGCAGAUUUGCUAGUGUCAUGUCGUAAAGCUCGACAGCUUGCUGGUCCCGGUGGCGAUUUGCUUGUGUAUGGUCCUGGUGGCGAAGAAAUCCGGCGUUUGAUGCAGUCGCUGGAAGCAGUACAGUCAGAGAUUAGUAAGGAGGUGAGCAAACUCACGCGCAUCGGUGUCCGCGAAUUGGAUCGUCUUAAGCCCAAUCAGGAAAAGGCUUGGCGUUGGAGCUUUAGUAAGGUGCUGCCGCUUGAAGGCUACUUGGCCCGUGAUUUUGGCGCGUGUGUAGAACCUAUUCAGCGUAUGUAUGCGAGCGCUGACCCGUUACACGUACAAAAAAUGUACAAACAGUUUAAACAGGCGACAGGUUUAUGGGUGGAGGAAAACAACUCUAUCUGCAGGUAUGUCACGGCAGCGUUAGGUGGGGGCUUUAUUGAAGAUGGAGCAAAGCACCACAAACAGUUAGAAAAUGGAAAGGAGGAACCCGAAAGUCAUGCGACCAUCGAGUUGCUGGAGGACGAAGCUCCAACAGAUAUGAGCAACACGCUGGUAGUAGCGGGGUCUGGGUCCAGUCAUCGUACCAGUAGCAGUCAAAAGGCGUCAUCGUCGGAAAUGGAGGAUCGGGUGAUUGUGCUGAACGACGGCAGCUCAGAGAACGAGAUCAAUGUGGAGAACCAACUGGUGGUGGCAAAUCGAGCAAAUGUCGGCGCUCCCAAGAAGCAGCCAAGCUCGGAUAGCGGUUCGUUCUUUUCAUCACUUGUGUCGUGGGGUGUGAGUGCAAAGACACCACCGAGAAUAAAGAAAGGUGAGAGCAGCCCAGUCAACUCUGAAACCGACGAAGAUGAAGACAUUGAAAAGGGUCCAUCAUCGUCCACUUCAGCCAAGGAAGCCGCCGAUAUUGCCGCAGCUCAGGGCGGUGUGCUGGACACACUGCUGCUAGUGCGUCAGUCGAUUCAGCGUAUCGGUCAGUUGUCUUGGGGAGUCCGGACAUCGUACCAUACUGCGUCCAUUGAUGAAGGUAAUUUUGACGCUUUCAUCGUGCUGUGCUCCAUUUACGAAACUGCUGGCGUUUCUUGCUCUAGCGACUUGCUGCUCCGUGUGAGGUUGCAUCGUACGCGUCUAUCGCAGCUUCUUAAGAAGCACAUUCGGUCAAUUCUUAGCUGCGUCGUGGUACUUCAACGUCGGAUUGUUGAUGAAGAAAAGAGUAUUCCGGGCAUGACUCUCGUAUACCGACGACUGAGAGCGAACCUGUCUAAGUUUGAAAAAGAGAUGGACGAUCUGUUGACUAGAUUCAAGCAGCUGAUGGUGGAGUCGUCGAAGAUGAAGGCGGGCAUCCUCGCGUUGCCUCUGGCACAGCAGCGUGAGUCGAACGACGUUAUCGGUAUGGGUGCCUAUGCAUACAACUCAAUUAACGCUCUCACGUCUAGCUUUGGCUCUGCACCCGUGCCGUCUGCAGCCAUCCUCUCGCACGGUGAGUACAUGACACAGUUGAGGUCGCAGCUAGAUCUGCAUUGGAACAGUAUUUCGCACCUUUUCCAGAGCAUUCAAGGCACCGUUGAGGCCGUAGCUACAGUGGAUGACCGUCUGAAGGGUUACGCCAAGUUCCCAGACAUCACCGUGCCACCGCAGCAGCUGGAUUACAUUUUUGAAUUCAACUACGACGGCUUUUUCCGCCAAACAACGAAGGAUUUAGAAAUUUUGCUGACGUCCUUUGACACGUCCAAGUAG